UUGUAUUAGUGGGUUUCAUUUUUAUUAAAGAUGUAUAAAAAUGUGGUAAGUUUAACGUUACUCUUCUUUUAUUGUUCACAUGCGUGAUUCAUACAUCCCAAGACCCACCAGCAACCGCCACGUGUCUUACGCGGCAGAGCAAUUACGCACACACUAUUCGAUAAGCGAUCAUCCAACGUGGCACAAAAAUCGACAUGGUAAAUAGCGUGGCGCCCAAGCACAGUAGAACGAGUUCGAAUACUCACGCUUCGCCACGUAUACUCCCCCUUGCUCAUGCUCUGCCCCCACCCCGUCCUGUACGCUUUCCCUCUCAUCGUCUCGACGAUGCAAACCAGUGAAAUUUUGGCUCUUAAUAGCUUUCACUAUGGUUCUUCAAUUCAAUAGGGUCACGUUUUCUCUCUCAGAUGAAUGUGGGUUUUCUUGGAUUUGAAAGAUGAAUGUGAUAUGAAGGUGGUGGCGCAGGGUUUGUGAAAGGAAAUUUUUGUUCUCUUUGGUUUUGGUUUUUUCUUGCUUUUUGUGGGGUUUUGAGAGGAUGUCUCAUAGUUCUGAUACAAGGAGAGAAAUCCCACCUGGGAUUUUGCUUAUUAGAAGCAUUAGAGGCAAAGAUUGGAGUCUUUCUACAUAUAGAUAUGUGAUUUUGCUUGUUACUUUCAUAGCUUAUGCAUGCUACCAUGCUUCAAGAAAACCCAGUAGUAUAGUGAAAAGUGUUUUGUAUCCUGACCCCAACAAAGGCACAGGCUUAGGCUUGGACCCCUUGUUUGGCAGGGUUUUUGUUAAGGAAGAGUUUGGAGGUAAUGGGAAUUAUAGGUUGAUAGAGAAGGGUUGGGCUCCGUUUAAUGGAACUGACGGGACGUCGAAGUUGGGAGAGAUUGAUCUUGCAUUUCUUGCAUGUUACUCUUUGGGAAUGUAUGCUGCUGGGCAUUUGGGAGAUACAUUGGACCUCCGGUUGUUCUUGACAGCCGGGAUGAUUGGGAGUGGCAUUUUUGUUGCACUAUUUGGGAUGGGAUACUUUUGGAAUGUUCAUGUGUUUGGUUUUUAUCUUGGGAUGCAAAUGGUUGCUGGGUUAUUCCAAGCAACUGGCUGGCCUUCGGUUGUUGCUGUGAUUGGUAAUUGGUUUGGAAAGGGGAAGAGGGGUUUGAUUAUGGGUAUAUGGAAUGCACAUACUUCCAUUGGGAAUAUUAGUGGCUCACUUCUUGCUGCUAGUGUUCUGGACUAUGGGUGGGGUUGGUGUUUUAUAGUUCCAGGUGCUUUUAUUGCAGUGGGAGGUGUAAUGGUUUUCUUCUUCUUGGCUCCAUAUCCCGAGGACAUUGGAUUUUCUUUCCCACAAGGUUCCCCUUCUGAUUUGGAGGCAAACCCUAAGGACGAAGAAGCUAAUGUAAGAAAAGAAACUACAGAGGAAGAUGAAACACAAACUAUUAACCGAGCUGGGUCUGUGAGCAGGACAAGUGUUGGGCUUCUUGAAGCUUGUCUAAUACCAGGAGUUAUACCCUUUGCGCUGUGCCUCUUCUUCUCAAAGCUUGUGGCCUACACGUUUCUGUACUGGCUGCCAUUUUAUUUAAGUCAGACAGAAAUAGGAGGAGAAUAUGUUUCUGUAAAAUCUGCUGGAAACCUCUCCACUUUGUUCGAUGUAGGGGGCAUAGUUGGUGGAAUCCUUGCUGGCUACAUAUCUGAUAAACUUAAUGCUCGAGCUACCACAGCAGCCAGCUUCAUGUGUGCUGCAAUUCCAGCAAUGCUUUUAUAUCGCAGAUAUGGCAGUAUUUCACACAAUAUCAACAUUGCACUUAUGAUGGUCGCUGGCUUGUUUAUUAAUGGGCCCUAUGCACUUAUCACCACUGCGGUAUCUGCAGACCUUGGUACGCACAGUUCGCUUAGAGGGGAUUCUCGAGCACUGGCAACAGUUACUGCCAUAAUUGAUGGUACUGGAUCAGUUGGUGCAGCUUUUGGCCCUCUUCUUACUGGUUUCCUUUCAACAAAGGGAUGGGAUGCAGUAUUUGUGAUGUUAAUGAUUUGUGCUCUUAUUGCGGCACUUCUUUUAUCACGUUUGGUUAUGGCUGAAAUUGCUGAGAAGACUUGCAAACAAGUUCCUGUAUCCGGUGGGCGACAAAGUUCCAGAGCUCCUGCAUCCCAACCACUUCUAAGUGAUCGACGAUGAUACUAAGGGAUGCCCUCAAGAAGCUUCAUCAUAUGCCGGAAAUCAUGAAAAACAAGCUUCGUUAUGUUGAUAAAUUCAAGCACAACUUGUAGGUGAUAAUUUGUGGUCUUGAGAAACAAAUUUCUUUGGCCAUAUUACAAAACGAAACAUAAGCAUCAGUUUACGUCAAAGCUGAAAGGCUUCAGAAGUAGAGCUUUUUUAGCACCCAUGUUGGUGUUCAUUUUCUGUAAUAUAUGCAAAAUAAUAAGCAGUUUUUAGAUUUUGCUUACUUUGAGUAAUUGCUGUCCAAUCUGGGUGAAUUUUGUUUACAGAUAAUGCUGAAGAUAGAAUUCAAUAUUUUCUUUGAACUUUACCCUUUUGGGUGACAAUCCUUUAUUUACCGUUUAGAAACCGAACUUGGCGGCAGUGAUGCUGUUUGGUUUUCUGUCAAGUUCAAAGCAUUUAUAUUUGUAGGGUUAAAACUUUGCUUUUUAUACCAGUCAACAUUUUCUCCAAGC